AUAAGGGCCGGCCGCCAAUUGGAUGGGGACGCUUCCAUCUCGCUAUCGAAGGCGGGCGCCGCUCGAUCCUCACCUCGCACCCCGCGACGGGAACGCCUCGAGAGCCCUCGUGGCCCCAAACACAAAGGAACCCUUGAAGCCAAGGGUGUGCGUGGCAAUGGAAAACAGAGGUCAGCAGAUAAGGGGGAUCGCUGCUGCCCAGUUAUAAAGCCAGGGAGCCCGGGCAGCUCAGCCCAGCUGCGGUCAUCGGGAGGGUGAGUGUGGACCGGUGGGUACCUCGCGCACCAUGAAGUGGCUCGUCCUGGCCCUGCUGUGUCUCCAGCUCUCGGAGGGGGUGGUGAGAAUCAAACUGAAGAAAGGCAAAUCCAUCCGGGAGAACAUGAAGAAGGCUGGAGUGUUGGAGGACUACCUGAGGAGAAUGAAACAUCACACAGCUAAGAAACACCGCUUCAGAGAGGACUUUGUGGUGUAUGAGCCCAUAACCAGCCAUCUGGAUUCCUCCUACUUUGGGGAGAUCAGCAUCGGGACCCCCCCCCAGAACUUCACAGUGCUCUUCGACACCGGCUCCUCCAACCUGUGGGUGCCCUCCACCUACUGCAAGAACCCAGCGUGCUUCAACCACAUGAAGUUCAGGCCCAGAGAGUCCUCCACCUUCAUCACCAACGGGCAGUCCUACACCCUCUCCUAUGGCAGCGGCACGCUCACGGUGCUCUUGGGCUAUGACACACUAAGGAUCCAGAGCAUCACGGUCACAAACCAGGAGUUUGGGCUCAGUGAGAACGAGCCAACGCAGCCUUUCUACUAUGCGGAUUUUGAUGGGAUCCUGGGAAUGGCCUACCCCUCGCUGGCAGUGGGAGGGACGCCCACCGUGCUGCAGGGAAUGCUGGAGCAGAACCAGCUCGCCGAGCCCAUCUUCAGCUUCUACUUCUCCCGCGAUCCCACCUACUACUAUGGAGGAGAGCUCAUUCUUGGAGGAGUUGACCCUCAGCUCUACUAUGGGGACAUUGCAUGGGCACCAGUGACCCAGGAGCUCUACUGGCAGGUUGCCAUUAAUGAGUUUGCCAUCGGGCAGUCAAUGACCGGUUGGUGCAGCCAGGGCUGCCAGGGCAUCGUGGACACGGGGACAUUCCUGCUGACGGUGCCUGAGGAAUACAUCGAGAGCUUCCUCCAGGCCUUGGGAGCCCAGCUCACCAGCUAUGGGUAUGCAGUUGACUGCAAUGAGAUCCAGAACAUGCCCCCCAUCACCUUCGUCAUCAAUGGAGCUCAGCUCCCACUCUACCCCUCUGCCUACGUCUUGAAUAACAACGGUUACUGCACUCUGGGCAUCGAGGUCACCUACCUGCCUUCCCAGAACGGGCAGCCGCUCUGGAUCUUGGGCGAUGUCUUCCUCAAACAGUAUUACACCAUCUUCGACAUGGCAAACAACCGCAUCGGCUUCGCCCCAUCGCUGGGGAAAGGGGUGUCUGGAGCAGGGACUGGGCACGGCUCCCAGCUAUAUACACCCUGUCCUGGCCAAGGUGCUGCAGGAGCUGCCAUGGAGCCACCAGCAGCCAGGGCUGUGCGGCGCCUGGUGCUGGCCCUGCUCUGCCUCCAGCUCGGGCAGGGGAUGGUGAGGAUCCCCCUGAGGAAAGGCAGGUCCAUGCGGGAGGUGAUGCGGGAGAAGGGGGAGCCGGAGCGUUUCCUGAUGGACCUCAGAGGGGACCCUGGUAGGAAAUACCAGCUCAGUAACGCUGUGGCUUAUGAACCGCUAGCGAACUACCUGGAUUCCUUCUAUUUCGGGGAGAUCAGCAUCGGGACCCCCCCGCAGCAUUUCCUGGUGCUCUUUGACACCGGCUCUGCCAACCUUUGGGUGCCCUCCACCUACUGCCAGACCCCAGCGUGCGUGGAUCAUGCCAGGUUCAACAGCAGCCUCUCAACCACCUUCUCGGGCAUCGGCGAGACCUGUACCCUGAGCUAUGGGUUUGGUGACCUGUCGGUGGUGUUGGGGUACGACACUGUGACAAUACAGAACAUUGUCAUCAGCAACCAGGAGUUUGGCCUGAGCCUGGAUGAACCCACCAGCCCCUUUUACUACCAGGACUUCGAUGGGAUUUUGGGCAUGGCUUACCCAGGCGUUGGCAUCCCUGGUUACAACACACUGAUGCAGAACAUGCUGCAGCAGAGCCAGCUCGCUGAGCCCAUCUUCAGCUUCUAUUACUCUCGCAACCCAUCAUAUAGUUAUGGCGGGGAAGUCAUCCUCGGAGGGGUUGACCCUCUGCUGUACUCAGGGGAGAUUUUAUGGGCUCCUGUGGUCCAAGAAUUGUACUGGAAGAUCAGAAUUGAGGAGUUCUCCAUCGGACUCUCAGCCACCGGCUGGUGCAGCCAAGGCUGUCAGGGCAUUGUGGACACGGGGACGUUCCUGCUGACGGUGCCAGGACAAUUCCUGCCAGCAUUCCUGCAGGCGCUGGGUGCGGAGGAGAGCGACUACGGCUUCGUCGUCAACUGCAGCGACGUCCCGAGCCUGCCCACCCUUUACUUUGCCAUCAGUGGAGCCCAGUUACUGCUGCCUCCCUCUGUCUAUGUGUUAAACAAUGAUGGUUUCUGCACCAUUGGGGUCGAGAGCACGUACGUGUCCUCUGCCAGUGGGCAGCCUCUCUGGAUCCUCGGCAACCUCUUCCUCCGGCAGUAUUACUCCAUCUUUGACAUGGCCAACAACAGGGUUGGCUUUGCCCUGUCAGCUUAGGGAUGCUGAGCAUCA